AUGUGUGAAGAGCAUUUCACAAACUCUGUUACCCAUGAUGAUGCAGGCAGAUUCAGAGUGAGGCUACCCUUAUGGCAAGACGGAGAACUUGGGGACUCCCUUGCCACUGCUAGCCAGAACUUUGGAUACAUGGAAAGGCGAUUACUGAGAAACCCAGAUUUGAAGAAUGAGUAUGUCAAGUUUAUGGAUGAGUACCUGCGACUGGGGCACAUGGAACUCAUCGACCCUACUGACCAGCAUCGGUCUUGCUAUUACAUGCCUCAUCAUGCGGUAGUAAAGAAUACAAGCAGCACUACCAAGGUUAGAGUAGUCUUUAACACGUUAGCAAAAACCACCUCGUCACUCUCGCUGAAUGAUUUGAUGAUGGUAGGACCAACCAUCCAGCAGGAUAUGUUCUCCAUAGUAUUACGCUUUCACACACAUAGGUAUGCAUUGACUGCAGACGUGGAGAAAAUGUACCGACAGAUUCAAGUGCAUGAGGACGACGGAGACCUCCAGAGAAUCGUGUGGCGAAGUCAUCCCAGUCAACGGUUGGAAACCUACUGUCUGACCACAGUAACUUACGGAACUGCUGCAGCUCCUUUUCUGGCAACACGAUGCUUAUUACAGGUGGUGCUUGACAGUCAACGUACGCAACCGACUGCAGCUGAAGUAAUUAAGAAUGACUUCUAUGUCGACGACCUGCUCACAGGAACGGACGCUGUUAGUGAAGCUAUCCAGCUCUGUGACGACGUCACAUCAUUGCUCAAGAGUGGAGGGUUCCCUAUUCAGAAGUGGCGAUCCAACAGUCUAGACAUUUUGGAGGCCAUUCCAGCCACACUUCAGGAGACACAGGGACCUUGCAAUCUUCCUCUUGACGAGGGUGCAGUGAAGACUCUUGGACUGCACUGGUAUCCCAGUAGUGACUUGUUCCAAUUCAGCGUGGUGGACAGCAGACACAAGAAUGUGACAUGGACGAAGAGAAUGGUGCUGGCUAAUGUAGCGUCCAUAUACGACCUGUUGGGAUUACUAGGACCUGUCAUCAUACAGUGUAAGUUAUUCAUUCAAACCCUUUGGCAACGACAGCUGGAUUGGGACUCGAGAUUGCCUUCAGAACUUGCCACGCGGUGGGAGGAAAUUCAUCAACGGCUGCCUGAUCUCAACAGGAUUAGUAUACCCAGAAGAAUCACAGCAGAUUGCACAAGCAUCACUGACUUCAUGGCUUUGCCGGUGCCUCAGAAAGAGCCUACGGGUCGUGUGUCUAUCUACGUUCCGUAA